CCAGGACGGAGCUAAUACUGACGGUUUCGUGCGUUGCUCUCCUGCGAGAGGAGAUUCCAGGGGGAUAGAAGGGCAAGGAGAUGGAGUUUACAGCUUUGAGGAAACCUUCAGCUCUCUUCAAAUACGCGGAAAUCUUAUUCGGCUUCCUGGCGCUGGUCCUGUACCGGGGAGCGAAGCUGCCGCUCUGGGAAGUUUCCAACUCGACUAUCCUUUGGAUGAAUCCGAACUUGGACGAAAGUUACGUGGUCCUUGGGAGUCUUUUGGGGCUGUUUCUCUCCACCGUCGUGUUCCCCUUCGCCCUCGUCCUCGGUCACGAACCCGGCCCCAUGGUGAGUCGCCCCCUCGCCUCUCUCGGGAAGCGAGGGGAUUCGCUUCCGCAGUUCCAUGCAUCUUGGGAUGUCAGGACGCAAGGACAUGAAAUCCCUUUGACGUCCUUAUCAGGACGUCAAAGGGAUUUCAAGCAGUACGAUAGGAAAGACGGCUCUGGCGAGGCAGCCGAGAGAUGUCCCCCUCACCACAGACGGAUAUCGCGCAAUUCGGAUCAAAAGUACCAGACAUCUGAGAUCACGGACUACCAAAUGGAUCACGAGGCUAUUCGCUUGGGAGAGAUGGUACACGGAGGAAUGUGUACCGUGUUCUACAUGGCCACGGGGUCCAUCCUCAUCCACAACGUGAGCGAUUCUCAUCAGUCCAAGGAAGCGCGUUUGAUCCUCACCUCGGGAGUCUUCUGCAUAUUGCUCGCCUUCGUCUUCAUGGCGAAUGUGCUCUUCGUAACGUGGAAGUGGCGCAAGAACACCGGAUAGACUCCAGGAGAUUCCCAAAGCUCACGGCUGAAAAGUGAAUCUAGUGUCAUUUCCAUGUUGCAGUUUAAGUGACCCGAAUAAUAUUUAUCCAUAUCCAUUCUAGUUCAUUUUAAGUCAGAC